AUGAAUGCGUAUUCUAACGACUCGACUGCCGACCGGCGACAGCGUCUCCGCCAGAGAUUGCAGCGUGCUCUCUCGCUGUCAUCUUGUGAUUCCGAUGGCUCUGGAAGUGCUUUGAGUGGUGAUACCAUAGUAGAUGAUCCUUCCUUCCAAGGUCAGGAAGAUGAGCGCGAGUCCCACCUCGGAAGUGAUGAGGGAGAGCAAUCCCCGGGCAAUGAACAUUCCGCCCCCACCAAAGGGCUGGCAAGAGCCUUCCCUUCACCUCAGAAUGUCGAGGCGAUCGAUGUAACAGACAGUAUCAUUGCCAUGCAAUGUGUAGCUGAUCUAGAUAAUCGGAUGAAUGGCCUCGAAAGUGCUCUGCAUGAGCAAAAUAUAUGGAAUGAAUCGACAAACCAUUUGUUAGAGGAUCUCAGCAAGCGAUUGGCAGCUGUGGAAACGCUAUUUCAAGACGUCAGGGACACGGGAAGGGCGGGAAGGGAAGCGACGGGUGGUCGUCGUCGCUCUACCCGGCAGAGUGCGCAGCCACGUCAGUGA